AUGCUUAUAUCAGAUGGUAUAAACCACGGGAAAUUACAAUCAAUAAUUCUUGGUGAACUGAAAAAAGCAGGUCUUAAGCAUCGUCUAAAGAAGAUAAUUCUUAAAAAUAUUAAAGAUAACAAGACGGUGUUUGGAGCACCAUUGCUGAAAGUUCCAUCAUGCAGUGUUAUAUGCUGUGGCAGUACACUAAGUGUACCCCAGAUUGUGACCGAAAUGUCCUCAGUGCUUCGAGCUAAUGCACAUAUAGAAGGCUUAUUCCGAAAAGCGGGAUCACAGUCACGUCAAAAGGAUAUCAAGCGUUUAUUAGAUGCCGGAGGAUGCGUCUCUGAUGGGCAUCAUCCAAUUGAUGUGGCAAGUGUAUUGAAACUUUACUUAAGAUGUCUACCUGAGCCUCUCAUCAGUGCUGAAGUCCAAGACUUAUUAUUGCGAUGUCGUCUUACUGCUGGAGACGAGGCUCUUAAACCUAUCCUGCACACAUUACUAUUACUGCCAGUAUUACAUGUUCAUCUCCUUCACUAUGUUAUGGAGUUAUUAAACUAUAUUGCAUCAAACCAUAAACAAAAUUUAAUGGACACAUCAAACCUGGCUAUAGUAAUGGCACCUAGUAUUAUGCCAUUACCAGCUUCUGCUUCCACACAGAGAUUGGAACAUCAUGUGGCACUUGUUAAGAUGUUCAUUGAAAACUCUCAACACAUAGGGUUACUAACGGAAGAUCUAAUGAUGCAAUUGGAUGAUGACUCUGCAAUUUAUAGAGCCAGAAGAAAGAAAAGACGUAGUGGAUCUCUUAACCGAAUGAUUUCUGGGCUACGCAAAAUGGUGUCCAGUAGCGUGCACACUCCCGCAACGGUACGAGAAAGCGGUAAAACUCCAAUUCUAAGCAAGUCUGCUUCGAAACGGAAGUGCGAUAAUUAUGAGGGACUGUCUGCAAAAACGAGGAAAGACAUAACCAACGGGCUACCCCAAAAGGAAUUAGCUUUUACACCCAUGAAGAUGGGAAUCGAGAGGAAAAGACUGCGGCUAAGCUUAAUGGACGCUAGGAGUACACCUAUUAUAAACUCCGAUUUCAGUUCACAUAAAAAUUCGGAAACCAGUAUUAGUAGCGAGGACUUGUUGACAUCCACCGAACAUUUGUUCAGUGCUCACAACACGAUCGAUUUAUCACCGGACAUGAAACAAGAGAAAGAUUACGUCAGAAUUUCCAAACAAGAAUAUGAGGAAAUCAAAAGUAGAGUUUCCGCCAUCGAGAACAGACUCUCAAGGGAAUUCACUGAUGCAAUACAGCCACGUAUACAACCUUUACAGCAAGUACAGAAUGUGUACGAACAAACUCUGGAAGAAGUAGCAAUGCUUCAUUGUCCCAGCUCAGAUAAUUUAGCUCGUAGAUUAAGCAAGGAGCUUAAAAUUCGACCCACAGAAGAAGCCAAAAUUAUACGGUCCCCGAGUGCUAGGAAAAUAGGCUCAAUACGAAGACGAUCGAAAGAAAAUCUUACAAAAAUAGUGAGGCACAAAUCUUGGAAUGUGCCUUCACAGUCUCAAGCUAGUCAAGUCACCGAUAGGUUUUAUCCUUACAUCGGUCUGAGUCGUCAAAGAACGAAAAGUGCCAAACCCGCAAAAACGACGCCAAAAAUUAAAAUCACUGAUUGGGAGGAAUCUGACAACUCAUUCAAUAAUACUUCUGACAGUAGUAAAAAAUAUCAUCUCAGGAAACGGACCAGUCUUGCUCCAGAUUAUAAUCGAGAAAAACCUGUUAGUAAAAUUCAAGCUCGACGAUCAUUAAAUUUAACAAGCAAUAAUAGUUUUGAGAAUACGCUUUCGGAAACUUCGUUGAAUAAUUCGCAUGAUUCUAGCGUAAAGUCGAAUAGCUUAGAACAGAGGCCCUGUUAUCAAAAUGUGGUCGAUCGAAACACACACAAAUAUUCUAAACAGAGUCCAAUACAGCAGAAAUGGCGAAGCGCAGCCGCUUUCUUCAUGAACAAGACCGGCGAAGUUGACAGCUCUGGGACGACGGGAAGGCCGUCCGUGAACAAACUCAGGCGGCAAAACGCCGGAGCAGUUCUUGCGAAAGCAAAAUUAUUCGAAUCUAGUUCUGAUAAAUCAUCUGAACGAAAUGAAAAAGUUGCCAAUAUCGGCUUUGCGAGGCGUCCCAGGGUUAGUGGUCAACAACCGAUAAGAACCCAAAAAGCUGUCGCUCUUGUUAGGCCUAAGAUGCAUGGCAGUGAGGAACCCAUCACGCCUGUGAAAAGUAUUAAGAAUAUACCCGCUGCGCCGUUUGUGCCUACCAAGUCUUCACUAUAUAAUGAAUGGAGAACAAAUAAGAUGUCAUCGCCAAUCAAGAAAGUAAUUUCUCCUCAAACGAAUGCGGCAAACUUUACGUGUAGAACUCCACAAAUACCAACUCUAAAAAAGUCUCUCAUUACCAGUAAAACUACAAGAACUAUUGUCCAGUCUGCAGAUGGAAAGAAGUCCAAUACCCCAAUGAAAGCAGUACAUGUAUCACCUAAAAGAAGAUCACCGCGACAAAAACUCCAACGAACAUACAAUUAAACAUUUUAAUAGUAUUAUAUAUUGUAAAGUUACUAUUGUUUGAUAAUUUUUAA